CAACUUGUCACUUUGUCGCUGAACAAGUAUGCAUGAACAUCUGAGUGAAAAAGAGCACAGGGCCAGGCAGGCCUGGGAUGCUGCUCGGGAAACACCUAUUAUUACAGAUGAGCUAAAACCGCGCAAGUUUGUGUACUUCAUCCAAAUCAUAAUCUGUACUUUUGUGGGAAUCUUGGUGUUUGGACUUGCCUUCUUUAGCAAAGCAUCUCUUUUGCUAUUAAUAAACCUUUGCAGCAAUACAUCAAUCACCAUAGAAACCAAACCUUACGCUUUCCUCUUCAUUGGGUGCCUUCUAAUUGCUCCAUGCAUUUUACUGUUGAUCAAAAGCAUUUGGAAAAUUACUUUUAAGGACUCAAAAACCCCAUCAAUGCAGACAUUGCUAUGGAUUGUUGCAGUGGAAACUUUGGUGGCUCUCGGCUCUUCCGUCCUUACCCUGGUCUCUAUGCCCAGAUUUGACAUCCUGACUAAUGUGAUGCUUCUGAAUGGCAUUAGUACAUUAUCAGCCAUCCUGCAAGUAAUCGCAAAUGCAGUCGCACACGGAAGGAGACGAUUCAUUGCAACUUCGUUAGCCGCUGUCAUUUUCUCAAUUGCAGGUUUUAUCUUCUUUGUUGCUAACUACCUUAGAAAGCAAGAUGGAGACAAGGACAUAGGGCUAUUUGUGGGUUUAGCCAUAGGAGGCACUUUCCUGGUCUCUUUGAACUGGUGGGAAAACUACGCCACUCUUUUCAACAUCGUCUUCUUCCAGAACACAAUCCGGGACAUCAAAAGGUCCCGAAACUUUGUGAACAUUGUGGCUAGCUUGGUGCGAAUCGCUGUGACCUCCACUGUCCUUGGUGCUUAUGUGAAGCUCUCGGGACAGGACUGGUCAUCAGUGCUGAAAGUCGAAAAAUUUACUGAAAUUCUCGUCUUGAGCCUCUUCGCUAUUCAGGUUCUAGCUUCAGCUCUGUGUCGCUACAUGACCGUGGUUGCAUGCAAAAUGCACGCUGUGCGUCGCAGCUUCCUUAUUCCCAUGAUCUUCACUUCUCCUGCCAUGGUGGGGGCCUUCGCACUGGCUAUCUGGAUUCCAGUUAACUAUCAACAGAAUGCUUCAUUUUCUGACUACUGUAGCACCUUUGCGAUUGUGCCAAAGCCAGGACUUGACGUUGUGAGACUGUUGGUGAGUGAUUUAACUCGUGGCAUGUGUCACCAUAUCUCGGACAAGGAUACUGUAGUGGGAUUUGGUCUGCUUGGAUUGUCCUUGGUGAGCUGGUGGCUCGGUCUGGUGCUCUGCACACUCUACAUCUGGUUCUUGAACAUGGGACGUAUUGCCAGGACGAAGGACCUCUUUGUGUGUGACAUUUAUGAAGCAGCAUUUAUUGAUCAGUCCAUGCUCCUGAACACCAGGUUCGAGAUUGUGCUUCAGCCAAAACAAGCCAGGGAACAGGAGAAGGUGACCAUCUACCUCUGUGCAACCAUGUGGCAUGAGACUGCAGAUGAAAUGCUGAAGAUGAUUAUCUCAAUGUUCAGGCUGGACAAAUUCCGACCAAAGAAAAACCAAUUUAAUGAUGUUGUUUUUGAGUCUCACAUUUAUUUCGACGAUGCUUUUCUGACCAAAGACAACAAGCGAUGUGUCAACGAGUAUGCCGAGACCCUGGUGGAAGUCAUCAGAGAAGUUUAUGUCAUAUUCACAGAAGAUAGCAAAAGUGUAUUUAGGAACAGAAAGCUGCUUCCAGACCAGAAAAUCUUCCAGACACCGUAUGGCUGCCGGCUGCAGUACACACUUCCCCAUGGCAACUUGCUAUUUGUUCAUUUCAAGGACAAACACCAGAUCCGCCACAAAAAGAGAUGGUCUCAGAUCAUGUACAUGUACUACCUUCUUGGCUGGAGGCUGCACAAGCAAUACUAUGAGAUGUACCUGGAAGGGGAUGAGCAGCUGACAGUUAUUGAAGACCAAUUAAAAAAAGCCAAGGAGAACACGUACAUUCUGGCCCUAGAUGGAGACACAGAUUUCCAGCCUUCAGCCGUCAUGCUUUUAGUGGAUCGGCUCAGGUUGUACCCUGAAGUGGGAGCUGCUUGUGGCAGGAUCAAUCCCACUGGCACAGGUCCGAUGGUGUGGUAUCAGAAAUUCGAGUAUGCUGUGGGUCACUGGCUGCAGAAGACAGCUGAACAUGUGUUCGGAUCUGUGUUGUGCAGCCCGGGCUGUUUCAGCCUGAUGCGUGCAGAAGCACUCAUGAGUGACAAUGUCAUGAAGAGAUACACAACAAAAGCGACUGAGGCGUCCCAUUGUCUACAGUAUGACCAGGGUGAAGACCGCUGGCUGUGCACACUACUCCUGCAGCAGGGAUGGCGAGUGGAGUACAACGCUGCCUCUGACUCAUACACUAAUGCACCACAGGAGUUCAAGGAGUUUUACAACCAGCGGAGGCGCUGGGGUCCGUCCACCAUGGCCAACACUCUGGAUCUUCUUUCCAGUGGCACUAUCACCGCACAACUCAACAAGUCCAUAUCACGGCCCUACAUUCUGUACCAGACUUUCACCAUGGCUGCCUCAAUCUUGGGGCCAGCUACAGUCUGCCUCAUGAUUGCAGGAUGCUUUACGUUUGUUCUGAAAAUAAACGCCAACGUUGCUCUUGUGAUGGCAGUUGUUCCUCCUGCAAUCUACAUGGUUCUCUGCUAUUGUCUUGGCCAUGCAAAAUCAGACUUACAAAUCAGCAUUGCUGGUGUCAUGAGCAUAAUCUAUGCUUUUCUUAUGACAGCAACCAUCUUAUCGAUUAUAGGGGACAUGGUAUUGCAGCAGACUUUCAUGACCCCAAGUGGCUUGUUCUUUAUUGGCAUAAUCGUCAUGUACACUACCACAGCUCUUCUUCAUCCUCAUGAGUUCCAUCUUAUCAUCUUUGGCUUUCUUUACAUCAUCUGCAUCCCCAGUGGCUACCUGCUACUGGCAAUUUACUCCAUGGUCAACAUGAAUAACGUGUCAUGGGGCACUCGUGAAUCUGGCAACCAGACCAGUGGACCUGACCAGACCACAGCAAAAAAUGUCAAGUGUCAGAAGCUGUUCAAAAUAUGUGGAUACAACUUUGAGUUUCAGGUGAACAAAGAAGAGAAGGUGAAGAGUACACUGCCAGAGAAUGAAGCCCUUCUACAGAGUGUUGAUACCAAACCUAAAAAAAAACCUUUCAUUGAUAACUAUUUCAUUGAACAGUUGGCAGAACGCUCCGGUGACCUGGCUCUUAGGGAGGACAGAUUUAACUUGGAAGAAGGAAAGUUUUGGAAGGACCUAAUUGAACUAUACCUAAAACCCCUAGAGACUGAUAAAAGAAAGGAGGAAAAAAUCAAAGCAGAUCUUAAAGUUCUACGUGACAAGGCAACGUUUGUGUUUUUUAUCUGUAAUGCCCUGUGGCUUGUGGCUACUUUCUUUCUGCAAGCCAUUGGCAGCGCAGUGAGCAUCAAGAUCCCUAAAGUUUUUACCAAUGGAACUGUUGACCCAGCUGGACAGAUAUUUAUCGACCCCAUUGGACUGAUGUUCCUCUUGAGUUUUGCAGGCCUCCUUCUUAUCCAGUUUUUAGCUAUGCUGUGGCACAGAAUCCAGACUUUAAUACACUUCAUUGCUUAUACUGGGACUGAGGCCGAGGUUAACAGGAACAUGAGAAAUCAAGCUUUGGCACUGAUCUCUGACAAAAAUGAUGAAAAUAAUUUUCUUUAGGAGGAAAUUAAAUUGACUAAAAGCCUCGAAGUGGAUGAUGCAAAAGAUGAUAUGUACUGGGAAACUAUUUAGCAACACACAAACCUGGCAAACCUACAAUGCCAACUUAAUGUAAUUGAAAGCAAUAUAUUUUUCAAAUACUGUUUAAUAACUAUUUGUUACUUUUCUUCUCUAAUGAUUGUUAAUAUUAUUAUUAUCAUUAUUAUCAUUAUUAUCAUUAUUCUUAUUUAUUUUAUUCUUUUUGUUGUAUAUAUUUUAUUUCUGUAUUUCUGUUACAAGACAGAUCUGAGUCAUUUUGCAUGAACACAGCAAAAAUUAUUGUAAAUUGUCCUAGACUGACUGACAGAUCAUAAAAAUGUUAUUUUGCAAUAAAUCACUGCAUAUAA